AUGAAUACAGAAUCUAUGAAGACUCCAAGUCAAGAUGCACAAGGUCAAUGGUAUAAUUUGUUAUCACCAACACAAGUACUUACAGGCCAAGAGCUAACAACAACAGGAGCAGUAUCAAAACGAAAGAAAAAACAACAAUGGAACCGAAAAUUACAACGUUAUUGGCGAAAACUGCAAAGACAAGGUGUCGAUAAAGCAACUAUUCAAAUGUAUAAACGUACGGCUUUUUUACGACAAAAGGAUGAAUCACAAAACAUAGAUAUGGAAGUAACAGUUCCUCUGAACGAUACACAAAUAUUACCAGGUCCAUAUAAUCCUCAACGAAAAAUGAAAAACCGUAAACGAGAUGAAUCGACAAAACAAGAUGGACAGAAUCAAGAUACAUCUAUUACAACAUCAUCUUUAUCAUCAUCGAAGACACAAGAGCCACACAAGCAGCAGCAGCAGCAACAACAGGAACAUGAGGAAAUUGAAGAACCUAUAUCUGCAUCUACUGUCAAUAAACAGACGAAGUCGUUACAUUAUUAUUUAAAUGCAAACAAUAAAAAAUUUAAACAAAUGUUAAAAAAUGCUUUUGUUGGUGGUAAAGAUAUUUUACAAUGGUGUAAAUCUAAAGAAAAUUUACACUAUAUUCGUGAACAUACUCGUUUAGUCGAUCGAGUAUAUUAUUUAAAAUUAGAAGAAGAUCUAUGGGAAAAUUACAUCAGUUAUGGUGAAACAUAUCAUUGUUGGAUAUCACCGUUAUCAAAAACAAUCAUCAAAGAUAAUAAAUUAGAAUUCGAUUAUAAAAUAUCGAAAAGAUCAAUGCAAAAAUAUACCGAAAAAAUUAAACAAAACAAAGCUAAAGCUGAAGAUGAAGUACAACACCAUGCUUUAUUAUUAACAAAUUAUCAACAACCAGACUCAAACAUUGAUGAACAACGUUUAUGGGCAGUUCUUCUAGCUUUAGUACGUAAAGGUCAAAAGAAAUUAUCACAACAUUAUGAACAUAGAAAAAAACGUUUGAAAAAUAGUGCUCAAGAUUAUUCUUUAGUAAGAGCAUGCUAUGAUUGUCAACCAACACAAAAUGAAAUCAUGUCUAAACAAAUCAUUUGGCAAGCAACUAUUAAUGAAUGUAAAUCACAGGAAAAUGUCGAUGUUUUAAAACAACAACUUUAUAUGAAACGUAUAUCUAAAUCAUUACAGUACCUUGAUCAAUCAUUGUCAAAGGUGGAAAAAACAUUAGCUAGACCUAUAUUUAAUGAUAAUAUUCGAACAACUAUUUCAAGCCGUCAUAAGAAAAUUAUUGCACAAAAUAAAUCUGACUUAAUGUCACUUUACAUUAGUAUGACUGAAGCAUCUGCACGUGGUUAUCAUGAAUAUGCUGAAAAUGAAAAAAACAAAUUAAUUAAUCGAAUGAAACAAAAUUUACUCCGACAAAAUUGUACUGAACAACUUAUUCAUGCUAUUGAACAGCGUCAAAAGCAUAUUCGACAAUAUAUGCAAUAUGCAACAAAACGACGUCUUCAUUUUUUCUACCAUCGCUCCGACGAUCGUCGACAAAAAUGGUAUCGUCGGAGCUAUCAUCUUAAUUUAUAUUGGGAUAUUCUACCAUCAUCACCUAUUAUUGAAGUUCAUCUAAAAUUAACACCGGAACAAUUGGCAUUACUUUCUCGUGGACCAAAAUAUGUAUCACCAUGUCAAAGUCGAUUUUACAAGAAGGAAAAAAGAGACGAAUUGAUUAAAAAAGAACAUAAAAAUAUUAUUGAUAUAAUUCAAAAAUUCUUUAGUAAACACGGUUAUAGCAUCUCACAAAAACGCAUCGACGAAUUUUCUCUUGAUCUUAAAAAUCUUCUUGAGUAUCUUUACACAAAAAAAUUAUCACGAAAAUUAUCUGUACGUGCAAAACGUGAACAUAAAUUAAUUAUGAGUAUUCGCCGUUAUUUACGCAAAUAUCAACAAGUUAUCUUAAGACGAACUGAUAAAAGUAAAGUAUUUCAUCUAGGUGAUGCCAAAGAUUAUCAAAGAAAGGUCCUUGAAUAUAUGCAAGAAACAGAAGCUUAUGAAGAAAUUACAUCAAGCGUUUCACCAUUAGCAUCCCAUUUACAACAAGUUACUUCAUUAUUGAAUCAAUUUUACUAUACUCAUAAACCCUUCAUAACUAAAAAAUAA